CCCCCUCUUUUAAACUGAAGUGUUUGGAAAUUAUAAUGCAGGUCAGAUUGGAAUAUAGCUAAAUAUGUGAAUCGAAAUCAAGUUAUCGGUCAUAGCUAGUAACCUAGGGUACUCUGGAAGUCUUAUUAUGGUUUGACUGGACUUUUUCCUAAUUUGUUCAGACACAGUAUUUAAGUACUAUGCGACAAACUUUCAGUGCCUGUAACAGCAACGGUGAGGAAUCAUUCAGCGGUAUCUGAAUAAAUGUUACAGAAUGCGGCAUAAAUUAGCGGAUGUCUUGUUGGUACGGCUAAUGUUCGCUCGCUAGCAUCUACGAUAAACUACCUUAAAUAUUUUAAUGUUGGGAUAAGCGGAAGAAAGUCACUGCACUGCAGUGCAUCCACAUCUUCAUGGCUAGUUGUCUAUUUUUAGCUUUCAUGAAUGAGCACAACGAGAGGAUUUAAACGUCCAUGCCUCUUCCUCGUAUCCAUCUAAUACAAGACUCAAGCUGGCCUAGCUGCCUUCACACUAGCUUCGAGCUGGUGACCCGAUGGACACACACGCCAAAUCAACGCACGACACCUUGAAGGUACAACUUCUUGGCUGCUGGUAGGACAUUGAGAGGGAAAAGAAGACGUUCAAGAGGUGCACAGUUGUUUGAUAUCUGUCUGCUUCAAACAGCAAUGGACUUGAUGAGCUGUAAUAAAGGACUAAAAUGUUUUUGGUUGAUAUUUCACCUGGAUGCUGCAACACACAAGCUCAACACGAUGGACACACGCACAGGCGUGGGAGUUGUGUGUGGACACAUAGCCCUCUGAAGGACCUCUCUGCUGGACCUAAACAUACUCAUGUGGAUACAGAAAAACCCAAGUACUCUUGCAGUUGUUACCUGGGAAAUACUCAAGUACUCGUUCAAUUUUUACCUUUUUUCCCCCUUAAUUUUCAUGAACGAGUUAAGUUUUUGCUCUAAGCGCUGAACAUUCUGAUCACUGUUGGCGUGAAACAUGAGCUCUCAUUUAGGCCAGAAGUUCGCAAGUGCGCCAUUUUGUUCUUAAUCUUUGUAAUUAAAAUCUUUUAUUAGACAGGCAGUCUGUCCCUGUGGGUAUCGGGACUAGUCCUGAAGAAACUGUGGCAGAGUUUCUUUACAUUGUUUCUAUCGUUUCAUUUUCUGUUUGCUUCAUUAUUUUUGUAUACCCUUCAAGUGCCACUUGUCUUUUUCUUUCCGACUUCUCUAUGUUGACUCAUUCACUCAUGUUCACUUGAAGUUUGGGUACUUUGAAACAUGUGCGUUGUGGCUCAGUAGGAGUACUGCAAGUUAGCUAACUGGGCUUCCUGCAUCACCUACUGCCUCUGCUGCUGUUUUUCUUUUGUCUCUUUCCCUGUCCCUAAAACAUGGGGCUUAUUGGCAAUUUGCACUGAAAAGCUUGGCUUUCACUUGAAUUUUCCUUUCUUGACCAAACAUUGUCACACUCACAUACAUUUAUUUUUGAUGGAUCUAUAGAUAUUUUGUUUUGUAUAUAUUAUUAGUUUUUAUAUAUAUAUAUACACACACACACGCAUGUAUGUCAUUUAAUAUACAUAAGCACGUGCACUAUGUUGGGCAAACUCUGGCUGAAAUUGUUUCUUGAGUUUAAAGACCUUUUGUUUGUGAGUUAAUUAUAUUUAUACAACUAAGAUACCAGUUUCCUUUUUCCGCCCUGUUGUGACACGGGAGAUUGCUGUACUUUUACAAUGACAACGCCUUCCUCCUGGAGCUCAGUUGAAGGACAGAGGUUCUCUCUCUGACCUUUCCACCCAUUUGUACUUUCCUGACUACUCUCCAAUGCCAGCAGGUAUUAGCAUGGGUGGGGCUCUUGGAGACCCCUCCCCUUCCCGCCCAUUCCGUCCCAGUCGCUAUGUGCCUGUCUCUGCAGCAACAACCUUCCUUGUUGGGUCCACAACACUCUUCCUCUGCUUCACCUGUCCAUGGCUAGCCGAGCGUUUCUCUUCCUCCAUUCCUCUAUACAACAUUGUGGUCUUCCUCUUCACACUGGCCAACUUUUGCAUGGCCACUUUUAUGGACCCUGGAGUCUUUCCCAGAGCUGAGGAAGAUGAGGAUAAGGAGGAUGAUUUCCGGGCUCCGCUCUAUAAGACGGUUGAGGUGAGGGGGAUUCAGGUGCGCAUGAAAUGGUGCUCCACCUGCCGCUUUUACAGACCUCCCCGAUGCUCACACUGCUCCGUGUGUGACAACUGUGUGGAGGAAUUUGAUCAUCACUGUCCAUGGGUGAACAACUGCAUUGGCAGGCGGAACUACCGCUAUUUCUUCCUCUUCCUGUUGUCCCUCACCACUCACAUAAUGGGAGUGUUUGGAUUCAGCCUGGUCUUCGUCCUCAACAACACUACACAGCUCAACGAAGUCCACUCGGGAGUUACUAUGGCAGUCAUGUGUGUAGCUGGUCUGUUUUUCAUCCCAGUAGCAGGCCUAACUGGCUUCCACAUUGUACUGGUGGCCCGGGGGAGGACUACCAAUGAACAGGUUACAGGGAAGUUCAGAGGCGGAGUUAACCCCUUUACACAUGGAUGCUGCAAAAAUGUGUCUCAUGUGCUCUGCAGCUCCCAGGCCCCCAGGUACAUGGGACGGUUGCGAUACACUCAGACCCUUCAGGUCCAGCCUCCAUUUCUGCGGCCUCCACUCUCAGAAACACAGCUUGCUGCUAAAGUCCUGGACAAUGGAAUCCAGCAGUCUAAGAGCAGUUUAGAGGGCAUGGAAAGCCAGUCUACAGAUGCUGAACCUCCGCCACCACCUAAACCAGAGCACAGAUACCAAGGGCUGCCUCACACACACAAUGAAGAGAGCAGCCUGCUGACUGAAGCACCACCCACACCUUCGUUAUAUAAAUAUCGACAAGCUUAUAGCAGUCCAGAAAAAAACCAUAAAGCCUUAACACAUUCCACAAAGAUGACUCAGGGGGAAAGUUUGGUGGAGUCCCCCUCCAUUGCUCUCUCUUCUGGGCGUCCCAGCUACCGAUCAGACCCCAGUCUAUCAGGCCGGGGGGGUGUAGGAUGGCGAGUGGGAGGUGGAGGGGAAGGGGGCAGAGCAGGCUCGGGAGGGCUGGGUGGGGCCUCAACAAUGGGUGGGAGGUCUUAUCCCUCCUUCACAGACACUCUCCUCCAAUCAACAGCAGUCUCCUGUUCCUCUAGCAUCCGCUCUGCACACACAGCCCACAAUGCCCUGGGACCCCUCCUCUCAGAGGGAACAACCUCUACCAGUUAUAAGAGCCUGGCCAAUCAGACGCGAAAUGGCAGCUUGUCCUAUGACAGCCUGCUAACACCCUCAGAGAGUCCAGAGUUUGAAUCUGCUGCUCCUGAGCUGUCUCCGUCCAGGCCACAGCCCUCACACUCACUCAGCACCACCCCACUGGGGCCACCCCUAAUGGGUUACUCCUCCCCUUUCCUGUCUGCUCAGCAGAGGGAGGGCUCUCUCCAGGCCUGCCCUGCCCCCCUAAGACCCUCCCCCAACAGACCUUUUCUGCACCCCACAAGCCCACCCCCUUCCCGAGCUCCUCCCUUGUCACCUUGUGCUCGCUCAUUGGGCUCCCCACCUUCUGGUCCCGCCCCUGGCAACAACCCCCUGGGCAAAUCGCUGUCCUACACAGGUGAAGGCGAGUUACAGCAACACCCAACUAACACAGGUGGCGGGACUUCCAUGCCAAACUCUACCACUAGGCAAAGCCUGGCCAAUCUCAGCACCCAUGCACAAAAACCUGGGGGAGGGGUGAAGAAAGUGACUGGUGUCGGCGGAACGACCUAUGAGAUUUCCAUAUGAAUGGCUGGCACCUGAUCCACAGGAUUCACUCUGCAGACCUGUCCCUUCUGGGAGGACAGACAGAGAGCAGUUCAAGCAGAUAAGCCAAAAUAAAUAAAUAAAUAAAUAAAAGUACAAAGGCUUCAUGGAAAUUGUGACAGAAGACUUUAACAGUUAGAUUCAACAAUUAACCAGUCUGAGAGGAAGAACGUGAAGAAUGUGGAUGGGUGAAGAAGAGGCCUACUGGCCUUGGUUUCUCAAUCUCCAUAUGGUACAUCAAUCUUCACAAAUUCUUUUACAUAUUUAAACAAUCAUUACCAGUUUUAAAUCUGUGGAACUGUUGGAUCUCUGGAGGCUGGUUUUGUUCCUUGCCGACCUUAUAUGUGAUAUUGUGAAAUUGCAACCAGCUGCUGGCUAAUGACUGAUGGCCCAUAGAAAUGGAAAUCACAGAACUCUUGCAAGAAAACCUCAAUUGCUAUGAAUGACUGUUACUCAGCCCACAGCCUCCAUCUUGACUUCUGUUUUAAUUUGUCUUUUUUUACUUUCUUUAUUUCUAAAUAUUGUUUUAUACAGGUACAGAUACAAUAUAUCAUAAGAAUUAUUGAAUUACUGUUUGAUAGGAAUGCAAGCCAAUUAUAGUAGCAAAUAGGCAUGUGAGGUCUGACCACUUUGGGGGUGAAGCUCUUUGUUGGAUGUAUUUGAUGGCUGCAUCAGCCAGUCAGAACCUGAACUUGGAUUCUUAGCCAAAGAGACAAGUCUGGACCAUGUUUUGACUGUCAGUAUACUUGACAAAUAGGAGUGAAAUGUAAUCUAUAAAUUAUUAGAGCACAAUUUUCAUUGUGACUGAAGGCAAUAGGAGUAUCUGAAUGCUGAAGAGCAAUUGUGCAAGAUGAAUGGCUGCAUCAUUUGUUUCCUGUCCAUUCACCAAACAAGAGCUAUGAUCCUUUUCACAUGGCCUAGGCUGCCAGUCCCAGGAGAAUAAGAGCUGGUCUGAGCACAUGCUGGGUAUACAGAACCCCAGAGACUGGGGAUUGAGAUAAGCAACUCUUUGUCAAUCGAUUGUAUUUUUUAUUUUAUUUUUUUUAAUGGGCAGUUGUUUCUGUCAAGAGCCAGAGUACGAGUAUGCAGAUAGAUGGUCAUUAGUGCCCUUAAGGUCUGAAAACUCAGUUUGGAGUGAGAGGGUGGAUGUGUGUGUGUGUGUGUGUGUGUGUGUGUGUGUGUGUGUGUGUGUGUGUGUGUGUGAGUGAGAAAGAAAGAAAGAGACCGGAAAAGAGAUUGGCAUACUUUUUGAUGUCUAUAAAACUUUUACAGGUGAACAUUCCAACUUUUACCUUGUUCAGAGACUCUGCUUAGCAUCUGCCUUUAUGUGUGUGUGUGUGCGCGCAGAGAAGGAGAGUGGAAGAGUGAAGAUUUGAGUGGGCAGGUGUAUAUGAACAUUCAUGCUUAGCUUUGAGAUGUGAGUACCAGUGACUGGUUUAUGUAAGAUAUAAAGAGCUUAUGCAGUGUCAUACGAAAGUAUUUUUAUUAAUGAUCUUUUGUCAUUUCCAACAUGGCCUUAUGAAGCCUUUUUAACUGUAUUUUGGGUUCUGAAGAGUUCUACCUGCAUGCCUGUUAACAGAACACAAGAUGGAAUGACAGGAAGGAGAGGAGAGAUGGAUGUAUUGAGUUCUGUGGGUGGAGAUUUUCUACCCUUCUGUAUUCUUUUAAUUCUGGUGAAACUGGGUCAUGUGAGCUGACACAUUUCCAACAGAACAAUAAAUAAUACUGCAACACUGAAA